AUCCCACACUGGUCUGACGCGACUGCUUCCUCUGAGAAAAAGCCUGAAAAGCCUAGAGGGAUUUUCUUCUGAAAGAGAAAGCUUUUCUCCUCCCCCUUCUCAGGCAUUUUCUUUUGCUCCCUUUCUCUCCUGCGCUCCCACUUGCUCCAAAAACACAGUGCUGCCAGAGAAGCUGAAACGUGGAGCCAGUGAAGCAAUAGACAGCUAGACACUUUACAGCUCAGAGCUCAACUCAAACGGGAAAGCCACUAACGAAUGGGAGUUUUCCUUCUUAUUCUGGGUCGCAGACCACUAACUGUCAUGUGGACCUUCCUUUAUUGAUGGCAGGAACUUGGCUAUUGAGAAACAUGGCAAGAAGACCUCUCUCUCUCUGGAGUCAAAUGGAAUUUAUCUGGACUGGAUUAUAAAGAAAAAUGUGAAGAAAAAUUCAGCAGGAUAGAAGAGAUACUGUCAGAAAGAUGAAUCCAGAAUCCCUGGACUCGUCCAUUCAGAGUGCCCUGUCGGCCCUGUUCCCGCCCUUCGAGGCCACAGCGCCCACCGUCCUCAGUCAGCUGUUCAGGACCAUCGAGGAGCGAUACCGCGGUGAUGCGCUGCACUGCCUGCUGGACUUUCUCAUUCCGUCCAAACACCUCCUGGAGAUCGUGCAGCAGGCGGCGUGUGCUGCGUACUCUGAUGUGCUUUUCCGUUGUGAGGGCUGGCCCCUAUGCCUCCGCGACAGGACCGUGAUCCAGCUGGCCUCACUCAACCCUCUUCUGCUGCGCCCCGGAGACUUUUACCUGCAGGUGGAGCCCUUUGGAGAACAGGCAGCCCGCAUCGUCCUCAAAAGUCUCUUGGAGGAGGGCUGCCGUGAGGUGGAGGAGACCCCCAUCCCCGAGACCUCUUACCCGUGCAUCUUUACCCUUGACUGGCUGAGGGAGGUGAACGACGGCCGCCAUGGCACCCCACUAUCCCGCUGCCUGCUUUCCACCGACCAGGGAGUGAUGAAGGUGCCCUGGGCACAAGUGGCCAUUCCAGAGUUUCUGGACAAGCCCAAGACCAUUACUACACCAAGUGUUAUCCGUGACGUUCUGUUUGAGCCGACGGCGUUGCAGAUUCCCUCCUCUUCCGACUCUACUUCUUCCGCCCUUUCCCUAGAGACCAUGAUCCUUCCUGCCAGGGACGGGAUCUCUGUGUCUUUGAGACUCAUGGAUGGUACCUCGAAACUAAUCAAGGGGGACCAUGAAAAACCGGUUCCCAAACUGUGUGCCAAAUCACUCGUCAAGCCUGUGGGCUGGGUGUCGCCUAACACCUGGGACACCAGCAGGAACUACCGCGAGGUCGAAGGUGACUACGUGGAUUUAGUGGAGUUCGCCAAGGAGAAAGAGUCUCUUACGGGAUGCAGUAAGACUCCCAACUCUUCUACUCCCCCUUUGUUCAAACCAGUCAGGCCCCCUCCCCCUGUACCGCUCAUGAUCAGCACCCCCUGUGGGCGCACCCUCAGAUUUUCAGAAGAGCCUUGCAUGCCAUGCAGCCAGAGGAGGCUAGGUCAGGAGCCUAGUGGGCAGGAACUAAAAUGCAGGUACAGGGACUCCUACCUGGCAGCUCUGCGCAACCCAGUUCCCUUUGAAAGGGGGAGCGUAGGUCUGCUAGCUGCUCUGGAGGAGUCUGGCCCCUGUGAAGGGGAGGAGAUGGGCUUCAAAGGUCAUGCCAGAGGUCCGGGUCAGGACCCCAGGGAGUGCUGUAACCACUAUAAGGAGCCUAUUGAAGGUCACGAGCCACACCAACAUGGACACUUCGGUAAGGAACCCCCAUUGAACCUAAAUCACAUACCACACAAAUCCAUCGAACCUGCCAUAACUCACAAACCAGGAAAAAAUACUAAAGAAACUCAAAUCAUCCAUAAACUGUGCCAAGGGGAACCCCAUCUUCAGACACACUUCAUGGCCCAUCAAAUGGGACCUGACCCAAAGGUAGCGUUACCUCCAGCAAUCUCGCACCCGGUCAUGGUUGAUGCAUGCGAGUGUGACUACACCUCCAAGCCAAUUUGGAACCCGGAGGCAGUGAAAACCAUUGGUAAACACAAAACCAAGCCCAGGUCACUAUCCACCGUGUCUGAGAGGGCCAGAGGAAGUCCUCUGGUCCAUAAACUGAACAACAGGAGCCACAGUGACAUCUGCCCAGAGAUGAUUCCCCCCAGUUCCCAGGUGAUGCAAUGUAAGAAAGGCACGGCCUUUGGCCCGAUGUCCCCCAAGCUGGACAGACAGCAGUCUGCCAAGAAAGAUCCCCAGACUGGCAAAGUUGAAACGCGGACUAUUGCACCCCCCAACAGACCUGACACCAAACCCCAGAGCCCAAAAACGAAGCCCUCAGCGUCCCCCAUCCAACCCCCCUCCCCCGUAUCCAGUUCUCAUCCAUCUCCCUCCACCCAACACUCCAUUUUCAGAAGCAUCAGCGGCCUGCUUCACAUGGGCAUUGUCAGUCUGCCAGGGAGCAGAGACAGGGUGGGCAGGGCUGUGCUGGAGGUCCAUGGGGACAGGCAGGGCUGGACAUCUCCUCUGCUGUCCGCCCAUGAGGUGUGCAAAGUGCUACUCUACCUCCACUUCAUCCCCAGAAAAGAGGUGCGGGACCUGGGAAUGACAGUGGUGAUCGAUGCCAGGAAGAAACCUCCUCCCUCCUUCUUCUACAAAGCCCUACUGAUGGUUCAGGAACAAGCCCUGCAUGCAGUUCGCAUUGUGCUGAUGCUAGUAGAUAAAGAUACAAGCCCUCGCCCUGAAAGACACUCUGGACUACAGAUGGACAUGGUGACUUCUCUGAAGGCCCUGCACAAGCUGGUGGAGGGACAACAGCUGACCUCUGACUUGGGCGGGACCUUCCCCUACAGCCACACUGAUUGGCUGCAGUUUCAUCAGAAACUAAUUUCCUUUGUGACGGACUUGCAAGGGGCAGCCCAUAUACUACAUAGAGCAAUCAAGAAAAUUGAUGGCAAUCCAAAAAUGGACACCGCCCAGGACGUGCAGCUAUGUAUUCAAGAUCAGAAGACCUCAAUGAAAGAGGUACUGCAGGACAUCCGAUUGGUUACUUUACAGAGAGAAGGUGGGGCCAUCCUGGCCAGAAUGAGGAGGGAAGAGUUUCGAUUUGCCAAGUCCGAUGACUACAGUGACGCUUUGGAGUCAGUGACGGUCCUGUAUAACCAGGUAGAGGAGAGUGUUCAUACGCUGGUGAUGAGAUCCAACGAGUCACUGAAGCACCUGGACUUCCUGCUCAAACUCAGGGAGGCGGAGUCAGAUCUUGACACGGCCAAGAUGUGGUUUAAUACAGAAGGAGAGCAACAGCUAAAGGUUUCCAACUCAACUGAGGACACCCUGGAGAGUGUGAGCAAAGCCGUUCAGCACUUUGGCUCCUUCCUCACUCAGGCCAAGGAGAAAAAACAGCAGACCUUGACACUGAUGAUAGAGGUUGAGAAGAUUCUGGGUCCCACCAACUCUAACACUGAAAUGGAGGUUUUUCGGACCGUGAUGAACACUUUCAAAUCCAAUAUGGCCGACUUUCUGUUGCGAGCGGAGAAAAGGCGUACCGAGCUUGACAACAUGGUGUAUGUCUAUCGCUUCUGUGAACAGGUUUCUGCCCUAGCCAAGGAAUGCAGGCAAUAUCUUGAGCAGGUAGAGACAGAGUGUUACCCUGCCAAAGCCAAUCUAAGUACACUUAAGACCUACAAGGAGAAAUUGGGUGACUGCUUCUCGGCUCGACACUUCCAGACUGUGAAAGCCAAAGCAUACAGUGCGAGGGGCUCUGGGGGGAUGAGGCUGUGGAAUGCAGCCUGGAUCCAGUGCCAAGAAGUCAGCCAGCAGCUGGGGGAGAGAUUGCAACAGCGGGGAGAAGCAGCCGACAAAGACCAGCAGCAGCCCACAGCCGGCGGAGCUCAAGUGAAGAGCAGGGUGUUAGAGACGGGAAAGGAGAGGGAAGAGGAGAAGGAGGAGAAGGUGGGGGCCCCUUGCUCCCUCGCUCCGGCCUCAACUUCCCCUACAGGGGUGGCCAAUAACUCGGGGAGGGCCUCCCAGGACCAGAUGGAGAGCAGAGACAGCAAUACUAGGGACAGUGCUCACAUCACAUGUUUUAACCUCCCUUUCAAAGCGGACACGAAAGGGGGCAAAGGAGCCAAAGAAGUGUCCCAGUCACCUAAAUCCCCAGGCAAAGAGGGGAAACUGAUGCCAGUGGUGCCUCAAGAUGGAGGAGGUGGACCAGGGAGGCGCCACAGCGAGGCGGACCUCAAGAGGGGGGAUCCGAUUGGCAAGUGUGAGGCGUUUCCAUGGAAACACAGUGCAUUGGGGCGGUCCCUGAGUGAGGGUUCCUGUAUGAGCUCUCUCCUGUCCUCAGAGUGUGGCUCCUCCCCCUUAUCGGCAAGGCACUCACAUAGCCGGCACCUAGUAGUGGCACUGCAGUCACCCCAAAAGCCUUAUGAUAUCUCCCGUAAUGGAAGUUUCUGCUCUGGCCACACCUGCUGUAAGUCAAAUGGGGACAGGGAAGGUGGUGACCCCAUACAGGUGUCUUCAGUGUCCUUGACUGACCCUAGUGGUGACGAGACACAGGAAUCCACUUUAUUAGCCAACACCCAAGCUGAAGAAAAUGGCAGCAAUGUCCUGAAGUUGCAGAGGAUCAUGGAGGAGCUGUUGUUGACUGAGAGGGAGUAUGUACGAUCUCUAGGCUACGUACGAGAGCACUACUUCCCUGAGCUGGAGAGGCCUGAUGUGCCUCAGGACCUAAGGGGCCAGGGGGGGAACAUUUUCGGCAACCUGGAGAAGCUCCAUGACUUCCACCGUCAUCACUUUCUGAAAGAGCUGGAGGGCUGCCUCCGAGAACCCUUCAGAGUGGGACGCUGCUUCCUACGACAUAGAGAGAGCUUUGGCCUGUACGCCCUCUUCAGCAAAAACAAACCCCAGUCAGACAGCUUACUCAUCAACUACGGCCAUGACUUUUUCAAGCAAAAACAGCUGCAGCUGGGGGACAAGAUGGACCUGUCUUCUUACCUGCUGAAGCCAGUGCAGCGGAUCAGCAAGUACAGCCUACUGCUGCAGGACAUGGUGAGGGAGUGCGGGCCACACAGGAGCCGUGAGGAGGCCGAGGUCCAGCACGCCCUGGAGGUCAUCCAGUUCCAGCUACGGCAUGGCAACAACCUGCUGGCCAUGGACGACAUCCAGGACUGUGAUGUCAACUUGAAGGAGCAGGGGCAGCUGAUUCGUCAGGACGAGUUCCUGGUGUCCUUCAGAAAGAAAAAGUGUUUCCGCCACAUCUUCCUCUUCCAGGACCUUGUCCUCUUCAGCAAAACUAAGAGGACCGACGUGGGCAACGACACUUAUGUAUAUAAACAGUCAUUCAAGACCUCUGACAUUGGGAUGACCCACAAUUCGGGGGACAGCGGGCUGUGCUUUGAGAUCUGGUUCAGAAGGAGGAAGUCCCAGGACACUUACACCCUGCAGGCCGGGAACAGAGAGGUGAAGGACGCCUGGACCAAAGACCUUGAGCGCAUCCUCUGGGAGCAGGCUGUACACAACAGAGAGAUCCAUAUGCAGGAGAGGGUGUUCAUGGGUAUCGGGAACAAGCCCUUCAUGGAUAUCCAGCCUAGCGACGCGGCCAUCAAUGACAGGGCAGUCAACUGUGCUCUGAUGGGAAGAGAAUCCAAGGCGUUGGCCUCCUCGGGGACGUCUGGCUUGCAGGGCGGGUUUCCUGUGCUGCGGCCAAACUCCUUUGGCUCGGGGAGCUGUUUGUCAACCUCCGGCAGCCACUCCUCUUCCUCCUCGGGGAGAGGGUCCCUGUCCUCCCCGACGGGGGGGUACCUGUGCGGCCCGAAGCUGAGGGGGGUUGCUGGGGGUCAAGGGGGGUAUUCGGAGCGCCCUGGGGUCCUUGAGGAGGAUGACAUGGACCAGGAGAGCGGGAGUCAGAAUCUACUGAUGGACAGCUCCGAGUCUUCGGGAGAGAGCGUGAGCGGCUUCAGCAGCUCUGCCUCCUCUGUGUGCGCCUCCAUCGUCAGCCUGAAGGAGCCUCUAGCCCGCAGACCUGAAGACAACGACCUCCACAAGGCUAAGAGUCCCAUCUGGUCUACAGUAAAAACCACCUCACCCUCGCUCCCACCCAAAACACCUGGCCUGACUAAGGAUCCUCCCAAGGUUCAAAAUGCGGUCAUUGGGAAGUCAACUGAGGUUUGAGCUCUGAGUUUGAUUUGGAAUUAUCCAGAACAGAAGGAAAGCAUGACCUGUGUUACUGUAUAAAGAGGAGUGUUAUAUGACUCUGUUAUAUGACAGUUACUGCACUCUACUUGUACCAUUCUAUUUGUUUUGUUUUUAUUUAACCUUUAUUUAAAUAGGCAAGUCAGUUAAGAACAAAUUCUUAUUUACAUUGAUUUACAAGGAUUUUAUAAUUUCCCAUUAACAUGAAGUUUUGUAUUUUGUAAAAAGAAAAAAAGCAUUUCUGUCAUAUUCAGUUUGGUUCUGAUAUCAAGACUUUCACCCAUGAUCAUGUUGUUGUGUGCCUUAUUGGACCAUUCAAUAUGUAGUAAAUAUUCUUACCACAGAAAA